GCAAAGAAUCAUCACUCCGGAGCUCCUCCGUUCUGCAAUGGCGUCCCUAGUUCAAGAAACAUCCCAAAAAAUCAUCACUCCGGAGCUCCUCCGUUCUGCCGCCAAGCAAUCACAACGAUGCCUCGUUGUCCCAGUCCGCCUCCGCCGCGCCAUUAAGAAGUACCUUCGAGAGCAAGAAGUACCUCAUUUGAAGAGGAAGGUGCUGAGGCUGUCUGAAUCAUUCAGUGGCAUCAAGGAUGUUAAUCUGCAGCUGGCAGCGACCACUUCCAAGGAGCUUGUUGAAGAUCCUUUGAAAUCCGUAGAGCAAUCCAAGCGCUGGAAGAUUAAGAGCUGCUACGGUGAUAUUGGCUUUCAAUACAGGGACGACGAGACGAUUGCUUACGUCGCCUCCCGGAUGCCUGCUGUCUUUUCUGCGUGCUACAGAGUUCUUAACGAGGUUCGUAGAAGACUACCUGAUUUCUCUCCAUCUAAUGUAUUGGAUUUCGGUGCUGGCACUGGUUCAGCUUUCUGGGCUCUGCGAGAAGUCUGGCCCCAUUCUAUAGAGAAAGUUAAUUUAGUAGAACCAUCCCAAUCAAUGCAACGUGCUGGACGGAGUCUGAUACAAGGCCUAAAGAACUUGCCACUUAUUCAUGGUUAUGACAGCAUUCAGGCGCUUAACAAAGAUAUUAGUAAGUCAGAGAGAGAACAUGACCUUGUCAUUGCUUCUUAUGUACUCGGAGAGAUACCAUCACUGAAGGACAGGGUGACCAUAGUGCGCCAGCUUUGGAAUCUUACGAAAGAUGUUCUGGUCUUAGUUGAACCUGGAACACCACAUGGAUCUAAUAUCAUAUCUCAAAUGCGAUCCCAUAUAUUGUGGAUGGAAAAAAGGAAAUGGCAUAAAUAUGAGAACAACAACAAUAUAGCUUGUAAGGACUUGGUAACUCAAAAGUGCGGUGCUUAUGUAGUUGCUCCUCAGUGUCCCCAUGAUGGAAAAUGUCCACUAGAGAACUCUGGAAAGUAUUGUCAUUUCGUUCAGCGAUUGGAGAGGACAUCAACACAACGAGCUUACAAGCGUUCCAAGGGUGAAUCUCUAAGAGGCUUUGAGGAUGAGAAAUUUUCUUUUGUUGCUUUCAGGCGUGGACAGCGUCCUCGGGAACCAUGGCCUCUUGAUGGCAUGAAGUUUGAGACGCUAAAGGAACAGCAUGCCAAAAGAAAUCCAGAAGAUCUAGAGAUCGACUAUGAGGACCUAAUAAAGUUGAACACACAAGACAUUGUUCCAUACCAAGAAGUGGAUCCAGUUACUUAUGACUCUGAUGUUAUCGAAACUGAAAAUUUUGAUGAUGGAGAAGAAGAGGAAGAAGAACAAGGGGAAUCUGUGCUUGCUGAUCUUGGUGGUGGUUGGGGCAGGAUUGUAUUUUCGCCAAUACGAAGGGGCAGGCACGUCUCGAUGGAUAUUUGUCGAUCAACAAAGCGGGAUGCCUCGGAGGGCUCGUUCGAGCGAAUUGUUGUCACACAAAGUAAGAAUCCUACUUUACACCAUCAAGCUCGAAGGUCAGUUUGGGGUGAUUUAUGGCCUUUUUGAAUUCUGUCUUCAUGUCUGGCAUCUCCUUACAUGAAUUAUAUUCACUACUAGAAAAUUUGUAUAGAAGCCUAUAGAGUUUAGACUUUCACUUAUUAUUGCUCAUUGAUUUGAGGAGCCAAGAAGUAAUUGAUGGCUGGUUGUUGGUAUUUUUAUAUUUGUAAUUCUUUUAUAUUUGAUUUUCAAUCUUAAGAGUAAAAAGUUGGCUAUUUCUUUC